CAGUGCGCAUCCUCUGAUAUGUGGUGCAUACCUCAUCCAGAUUGUAGAACUAUUGUCAGAUAGUUUCCUGCAUAAAAAAAACUUCUUCACAACUGGUCUAAAGGGCUAAUUUGGGUCCUACAAUAUUCCUUCAACAACACCUCACUGGUCGAUUGGUUGGUCACUGGGGGGAGCUAAAAGGGGACCGCGGUUACGCGCCAUGGGUGUGUCAGUGGACGUCACGGAAGUCCACUAUCCGGUGGCCGCACUGUGGGAACUGUAUAAAUCUGCGCCGCUAUCCCACUAACCGAUGGGAAAAAGUUGCAUUGGAUACAGGCGCGGUGUCCUGUUGCGUGAUCUCACGCAGCUCUCCUCAGGAAACCAACCACCACCUCCACGCAGCGACCAUCAGCCGAGCGCAGCAGCCAGGCGCGCUGUGCCUCCUGUAGUCUGCUCUUUGGGGAGGAAGAAAACAGCAGGAAUAAAAACUUGUCAUAUUUCAUAUUCGAAAACUGCACCGGAGUCAGCAGACAUGAUGAACUGCAUCCUCCUCUGCCUGCUUUGUGGAUUGUUUGGCGUUUGGGCAAAGGAUAAAGAACAAAAAGGGAAAUACAGCGUCCCCAUCCUGGAUGUGAAAACUCAUCCGCUGAUCCGAAACACCAGCCAAACACUGCAGCUCAGCUGUAGGGGUCGCUGGGAGCUGACCUGGGCGUUCCCAUCGGGUGUGACCAGAGACCAGGUGACAGUGGAGGACUCUCGCUGUGGGAGGACAGGUCAGCAUCACUGCAGCCGCUUGACGAUCAGCCGCAGCCGGCCUCAGGACACGGGCCUGUUCCGCUGCAGGUAUCGGCACCGACCUCGAAAACAGGCCUCCGUUUAUGUAUAUGUCACAGACAGCCAGCGGCCAUUUGUGGAACAGCCGGGUUUGAGCCCAGAUGUGUUGUACCUGAUGGAGAAGCAGCCGCUGGUCAUCCCCUGUCGGGUCACACACCCCAAUGUCACCACCACUCUGGUCAAGUUUCCCAGCCGGAGCCUGAGUCCUGACCAGAUGAACAUCAUCUGGAACGGUAAGCAGGGCUUCACCAUCCGAUCUCCCACCUUCUACUACAUCGGCCUCUUCUUCUGCCAGACCGUCAUCGAUGGCGUCACACACAAGUCGCAUAAAUACUUUGUGCACAGACCAGUGAGUAACAUCAUGGAUGUGUAUCUGAACAGCAGUGGACCUGUGCAGGCUCUGAAGGGAAAGAGCCUGGUGUUGAACUGCACAGCCACCGGGGAGUUGAACACCAGAGUCAACAUCACCUGGGACUUUCCCGGAAAGAGCAACAACGUCGGCUCCUUUACCAAGAGGCUCCUGAAACACAGAACACACAUGUUGUUCUACAGUAUCCUGACCAUCCCCAGACUCCAGAGGUCAGAUCGAGGCCUCUACACAUGUCGCGUCACCAGCGGGGAAAAGACCAAACAACAAAAAGUCACUGUUACUGUUUACGACCGUCCGUUCAUCCGUCUGAAGCCCAGACAUGGAUCUGUGAUGGAGGCUCAAGCUGGACAGAAAUCGUACAGAAUCUCUCCCAAACUAAAAGCAUUUCCUGCCCCUAAAGUCAUCUGGCUGAAGGAUGACACGGUGGCGGCAGAGCAAUGCUCCCGAUACCACAUGGACGGGAAUUCCCUGGUGAUCCGGGACGUUGCAGAGGAGGAUGCUGGGAAGUACACCAUCCUGGUACGAAUCCAGGAACACGGCCUCUACCAGAAUCUCACGCUCACACUUGUUGUCAACGUGAGUCCUCAGAUAGGGGAGAAAGCGGUGUCGUUGCAGGACCCGGGCUCUGUGCCACGGGGGAGCCGACAAGCGCUGCACUGCACGUCCCACGGAGUCCCUCCUCCACACGUCCAGUGGCUCUGGCAUCCCUGUCCGCCCAAAGGCCUGUGUGUGUGUCCGGCGUCCUCCUCGCUAUGGCGCCCUGUGACAGAGGAUCUCCCCACCAUGUCUACACACAACCACAUCCUGAGUGUUACUCACAGACAGGAAGUUCUUCAGGGGAAGAAAAGGACAGUGGGGGUCCUGACUGUGGCAGAGGCCUUUGUGUCUGGAGUGUAUCGCUGCGUUGCUUCCAACUCUGCAGGCACAGACCAGAUGGACGUCUACUUCUACAUCACAGAUGUCCCAGGAGGCUUCAGUGUAAACCAGCGGGAGGAGCCAAGAGAGGGCGGGGACCUCCACCUCACCUGCGCAGCCAAUAAGUACCUGUACACAGCGUUGUUGUGGCAACGAGUGAAUGACACAGACGACUUCCAAUCCCGCAGCCCCGCCCCGAGAAUUCAGCUGCUCACAUCAGGGGAGUUCUCCAAUGCCUUGUCCCUGUUGCUAAGCAACCUGACAGCUGCAGACUCUGGAGCCUACAGGUGCUCCGCCCACCACCUCCUCACCGGACAGGAAACACAUCUGGAUACACAGGUGGUGGUGACCAUUCUGGAGCCUCCUGUGCUGCACUACAAUUUGACUGACUGCAUGGUCAACGUCAGCAGCUCAGUGACUCUCAGCUGUCCGUCUCACGGCGUCCCACCCCCGACCAUCACAUGGUACAAAGACGAACACGCUCUGUCACAAGGAUCAGGUAUCGUCAUAUCACCAGAAGACGGGACCCUCCACAUUGACCGAAUCACAGUGGAGGACCAGGGGCUGUACACGUGCCAGGCCACCAAUGAGAGGGGGUCUGCAGAGAGCUCUGCCCACAUAUGGGUCAACAGUGCCUCAGAAAGCUCAGUUUUGGAGAUUCCCACUCUCACCUGUACGUGUGUGGUGGCCACUCUCCUCUGGCUUUUGCUCACAUUCUUCAUACGGAAACUGAAACAGUCCAACGCCUCAAACGCCAAGCCCGAGUACCUGUCAAUCAUCCUGGACACAGGAGACGGACCGAUCCAGGAGCAGUGUGAGCGACUGCAAUACGACCCCAAACAAUGGGAGUUCCCUCGGGAGCGGCUCACAUUAGGGAAACCUCUGGGCCGUGGAGCCUUUGGAAAGGUGAUGCAGGCCUCUGCGUUUGGCAUCGACGGCACCACCGGCUGCAGGACUGUGGCUGUGAAGAUGCUCAAAGAGGACGCUACAGCCAAUGAGCACAAAGCUCUGAUGACUGAACUGAAGAUCCUGAACCACAUAGGACACCAUCUGAAUGUGGUCAACCUACUGGGAGCCUGCACCAAACCAGGAGGACCGCUGAUGGUCAUUGUGGAGUACUGCUGCUAUGGAAACCUCUCCACCUUCCUGAAGAGCAAGAGAGAGGUGUUUGUGCAGGACCAGUUGUCCGGAGGAAAAGAUGGAGGGCUGUUUUUUGCCAGGGGUGAUUGUGACGGACAGAGCAGCAUCAGGGCAGAGUUUGAUCACAGGGAAAACAAAGAGAAUGGCCUCGAUCCCAAAUCUGCAUCCAACGCUCCGUUAUUCCUGGAGGAUCUCAUCUCCUUCAGCUUCCAGGUGGCGCGGGGGAUGGAGUAUCUGGCCUCUCGCAAGUGUAUUCACAGGGACCUGGCAGCCAGGAACAUUCUGCUCUCUGACAAUAAAGUGGUGAAGAUCUGUGACUUCGGUUUGGCCAGAGACAUCUACAAAGACCCCGACUACGUCCGCAAGGGAGACGCCCGCCUCCCUCUGAAGUGGAUGUCUCCUGAGUCCAUCUUCGACAAGGUGUUCACCACCCAGAGUGACGUGUGGUCCUUCGGCAUUCUGCUGUGGGAGAUCUUCUCUUUGGGAGCCUCCCCAUACCCCGGUCUUCACAUAGACGAGGAGUUCUGCCACAGGCUGAAGGACGGGACGAGGAUGCGAGCGCCACAGUACAGCACCACUGAGAUUUACAGCACGAUGCUGGCAUGUUGGGAGGCCUGUCCUUCAGAACGACCCACCUUCCCUGACCUGGUGGAGACGCUGGGAAACCUGCUACAAGCGAGAGUUCAGCAGGAUGGUAAAGAUUAUAUUCCUCUGGGAUCGUUCAUGGCUGGAGACGCAAGUCGCAGUGAGACGUUGAUGGAGAAGCCUCUAGCAGUCACAAACCUGAGUUACAUGAGGGGUAUGGCCACACUUCAGACUUUUGAGGAACUUCCCUGUGAGGAGCCGGAAACCCCUGAUGACGAGCAGAGUGACAGUGGCAUGGUGCUUCCAUCUGAGGAGCUGAAGCAGAUGACGUGGAGUAACGGCUCCAAGACCAAGAAAUUCAGCAGGUUCUUCAGCUUCAAGUGUCGGGACAACCAGGUGCCCUUCCUGUGCAGUGACAUCACUGGUCUCCGUGACGACGAGCCGUCCAUCCUGCCCUGCGAGUGGGAGUCAGAUGAAGGUGGCUCCCCUCCUCCGGACUACAACUCUGCCUUCCUCUACCCUUCCCUCUAGCCUCUGCUCUAAUUCUAACUUCACACAGGGUAAACACUUUCAUCCUUUUAACUCACUCACAUGUUAUUCUGCCUGUUCACACUCGCUGCUUCCAUCCACUACCUCAGUAUAAAACCUGUAAUUAAUCAUCUCUUCUAAUUUCUUUUAGGUCAGAAAUAAAACUUACAUUAGUUUUUUUUCUCAGAAUCUACAACUGCAUGAUGAUGAACCAGAGUGAUCAGAGCAGCUGCCCGACAUCACUUAUCCUAUCGCAGUUAUAACGAAUGUAUUUACUGAGCGUAUUAAUAUACUGGUACCUCAUGCUCUGAGCUUUGUGCAGAGGAACACUGCUGUAUGAAAUAACCGUUCCUCUGACACAGCCACUAUAUGCUGGACAAGGUAUUACUCACUGAAUUAUAGUACGUGUAUCUUAUCUGUAUUUAUUUCAGUGUCCUUAAUAUGCCAGAUUUUUUUCAUCAACGUCUAUGUUUUAUUCUCUGGGAAAUUGGUGAAAAAGUCCAAAAAUGUCUGAUUUUACUAUGUUAAAUAAAGUUAUAAAACAAUUCCUGGAUCUGAUCCAGAACUGCACCAAA